AUGGCCGGACUCGUGAGCUACGGAAGCAGCGAAGAGGAGGAUAAUGUUCAGGAGAAUAUGGUUCAAGAAAAGCGAUCAGACAAAGCUCCAAUAAACCACAAAACGAAUGGUAUCACACCUGAAACACAGUCGAACGGCAGCAGACGACAACCCAGUCAGGCAGAAUCUACAAUACCUCUCCCCAAGCCAGAUGCUCCUCUUGCUGGCCCUGUCAUAGGCCCAACGGUUCCUACAGAUGAUUCUCUUCCAAUGGUGGGGCUACUUGAAGAAGAUCAAGAAACAGGAGCAGCACCGCAGUCUCCAUACUCCGCAAACAGAGCUCUAUUAAGAGACCUUACAUUACCAACUCUACCAAACUAUGACAUACCUCCGUCACCUCCUGGAUCACCUGUAGGGAGCACGAAUGCAAAAUUCAAGCAUUUUCUAGAGCUGAAGAAGCAAGGCAUCCAUUUCAAUGAGAAGCUUGCUAAGUCAUCGGCACUUAAGAAUCCAAGUCUCAUGCAGAAGCUUAUGGAUUUCUCAGAUAUCGAUGAAGCUGGCCAAUAUGUAACCACAUUACCGAGAGAUCUCUGGAAUCCAGAUGCUUUUCCUGCCCAUGCAUAUAAAGAAGAACUGGCAAAAAAUCAACAAAAAACACUGAAGAGAAAAGAGGAUGAAAAAUCUAGGGGCCAAAGAGAAAGUGUGGACUUUGUUCCAGCGUCUGCUUCUGGAGAACCCGCUAGUCGAAGUGGGACGCCUGGGAAUGGAGUAAAGCCGAGUCAAAAGAGCGCCGCGGAAAGGAUUAUGGCAGGACUUGAUAGGAAUCUUUCAAGUUCACCACGGGUUCAAGGCGUGAAACGAAAAUCGAGGUUCGACAGUUGA